CAUCCUUUUCCUGUCAGAAUAAAUCGGGCCAUUCCUGUGUUGAAUCUGCUUCUAUGGCGAUGAACUUCACCAACCACCUCAUAAACCACUUCGGCAACCACAAUAAUAUCUCCCUUUCUUCUUCUUCUUCUUCAUCGACAUACAGAUUUUCUCAUUGCUUUUCUCCGUCACGAAAUUUUCUCGCCGCGGAUUUCUUGCGGAAAGGCCGCUGUUUUUAGCUGAAAUUUAUAAUGUCUGAAGGUGUAAUUUGACAUAGAGCUUCUUCAUUCGAGGACUGAUCAACACAUGCCGCAGGGGAGAACUCCCGUAAUGGAGCUAAAACCGGCUUACGAUAUCGAACAUAUGAGUUCUACUCAGAGAAUUCAGCAUGAGUUUUGGCCAUUGGGUCCAAUCGACACGAAGAAGGCCAAGUUUCCAUGUUGCUUAGUCUGGACUCCUCUCCCAGUAGUCUCUUGGUUGGCACCUUUUAUUGGACAUGUUGGGAUUUGCAGGGAGGAUGGAGCUAUUUUAGACUUUUCCGGUUCCAAUUUUGUGAAUGACGACAAUUUUGCGUUUGGUGCUGUUGCCAGAUAUCUUCAACUUGACAGAGAACAGUGUUGCUUUCCCCCAAACCUGGCCGGGCAUACCUGCAAGCACGGUUACAAGCACACGGAGUUUGGUACUGCAAUCACUUGGGAUGAUGCGCUGCAGUCGAGUGUGCGUCACUUCGAGCACAAAAGUUACAACCUUUUCACUUGCAACUGCCACUCGUUUGUAGCAAACUGUUUGAAUCGGCUUUGCUAUGGCGGAUCGAUGAAUUGGAACAUGAUAAACGUAGCAGCACUGGUACUGUUUAAGGGGCAUUGGGUUGGUUGCUUCUCAAUCUUAAGGUCAUUCCUUCCUUUCAUGGUGGUUCUCUCCUUUGGUGUUUUCAUGGUCGGCUGGCCCUUCUUAAUUGGCCUUCUUUCCCUUUCUCUACUCCUUCUUGGUUGGUUUCUUUUAGGCACUUAUUGUGUUAAAAGCUUGUUGGAGUGCUAGUUGUUUUUUUUUUAAAUUUUUUAAAUUUUUAAUUUUUUUUUAUGUGUCAGUACUGUUUUUGGAACGCUUUGAUGGUGAAGAACUAGAAAAUGUCACUAGUUUUCCACUACAGCGAACUUGCAAUUGUAGAUUAUUGAUUUAGAAGUGAAAUUCUAUGGUAGGAUAAAAUAAAGGGUUUAUAACACAAUUGCCUUCCGAACUUAAUGCGGUUUAGCAAGUUGUCUCUCAAACUCUACUUUUAUCAA